CCGUAGUCAAAUGAUUCCCUUGUCCAAAGCUUUCUCUCCAAGUCAUUAGUUGUAGUACCAGGAAAAACACAGAAAAAACCACACCUCUCUCUCUCUAUCUCUCUCUCUCUCUCUCUCUUAUUUUCCUGCUGUUACUCCCACUCUCCCACCCAAAAAAUUCCUUCAUCUCUUUAAUUUGCUCCACACUCAACCCUACACACUUUCCACACUAUCAAUCUACAAAACACAGUAACCCUAAAGACCACCUUGCCCUUUUGCUACAAUUUGGGGGCAAAACUGAGAAAAAGGGCACCCAAAACACAUAUGCUAGGUUGAAAUCAGCACCCAUUUUGGUAAUCCCCAAUUUUCUCAUCUUCCCUCUCAAACCCACCAAUGUUUUCCCAUUUUCAACUAUUUGAAACUUGAAUUUCUUCUAAAAGACUCGAUUUUUUUCUCUCUUUUUAGUUAAAGUUGUGUUUUUUUUUUUAUCUUUUUUAUUUCAAACUCCUGUCUCCAAUGGCGACACCUUUUGUUCAACAGCCACCAUCCAUAGAAAUAACCCAGCAAGCAUACACCACCCAUUUGGAUCACGGGUCGGUUGGACCUGUCAUAGCUGUUCUAGCAGUCAUCACCGUCUUAGGUGUCAUUGCCGGCAUGAUUGGUAGGCUCUGUUCGGGUCGUCGGAUCAUGGGUCAUGGAGAGUUUGAUGUAGAAACUUGGAUUGAGACCAAAUGCUCCUCUUGUGUCGAUGGCAGAAUCGCACCACCUCCUCUUCCACCUCCUCUGCCGCCGGAACCUGUCAUCCAGGACUUGUCAUCUGUCCAAGCCCCUCAAGAGAUCAAAGUAGAACAACAUCCAAGGCAAAACUUACAUGCCCACAGUGAUAGUUAAUUCAGUACUAUUUCCUAGUUCAAGGUAGUCUUAGCUUAUUGUUGAUAUUAUAUUUGAAAAUGUAAAAAAGAAAGCACUUGGAUCCAUCAAUUUAGACACUGACAUGUUAUUUUUCAAUUUAAAUUUACAUCUUAUCUAGAUGAUCAUUAAAUUAACCGUUAUCUGGGUAAAAAUAUUCAUGUUAAUUAGAAAAUGACAUCAGC